AUGGAUGAGGGACCCAGUACGUCAAAAAAGGUCAAAUAUGGGGAUAAAAACUAUGAGGAAACGCUUUUGAAAUGGCUUGAUGACGUAGAUGACGACAUAAGCGAAUUUGAAUCAAUUUGUGAUGGAAAUGUUGCUAUUGACAGCGAUCACGAAAGGGAAUCGGAAAUAGAGGGAAAGCUAUUAGCGAACCUGGGAAUUCAAAAAUUUCAACAAACUUUGACCCCUGAUCCUCGAGAACAAGAAACAAGUGGUUCCUGUAGCACUCAGAAAAAUAUAUCUAUUGAAAUGGAUUUUUAUAAGCCAUACCAGUCCUCUGGCAGUGAAUAUUUUCCUGAAUCCGAGGAAACUGAUUCUGCAGAAGAAACGAGAGACCAAGAGGAUAUGGAAAUCUAUUUGCCUAAUGAUUCACAUUUCGGAGAUGUCGAAUGCGCUCUUAAAACUCAUCAAAGACUGUACACUGACAACGAUUACAUAGAAAUAAUGAGAUCUUGCCGAGUAAAAAAUAAAUUUGUUGUAAACCGUCUAAGAUCUGAAGAAAUGGUUUCAGUUAGUCUUUUGCUACAAUCCAUAACAAAUCGCAAAACAGAUAUAAAUAAGGAUGUUAUUAAUUGGCUAAAAACACAUGUAAUACAUACUACAAAGGAAAAUCCCACAAUUUUGUACAUGAAAAAACAUGUGAGAGAUCAACAAUUUUCGGAGGUAAAUAUUGAAAAAUCAGAUAAAAAUUAUGCAAAAUGCCGAUUAUGUUCUAAAAGAAUUAAAACAUGUGGCAAUACAUCCAAUUUAAAAUGCCACCUAAAGAGCACACAUAAAGAAUUUUCUUUCAAAAAUGGAAAUUCUUCUAUAAAAAAAGUCAACAGUGAUGUACAAGAAAGUGUAGAUGUAAUUACUGAUACAGAGUAUAACGACGACACUCGAAGUACUUCUUCACUUUCAGAAAUAUCAAAAUCAUCAUCUUCUUUUACUCAACAACCUAGUACAAGUGGCUAUUAUGCACCCACUCCUUACAAAAGACAAAAAACAAUAGUAGAGUCUGUUAAAAGAUUUCUCGAAUUAAGAGAUAUAAUUAAUCAAAUUGUCAAUCGACAUUCACCAGCACCAGGAAUGAUUAAUGCUCGAGAAGCAGAAGAGCUAAAAGAGGUUCAAGAUAUAUUGCUUCCCCUUGAAACUGCUACAAAACCACCGUCUGGUGAAAAAUACACAACUAGUAGCAUUGUCAUUCCAAUGAUUUUUAAUAUAAAGAAGAAAAUUGAAGGAAGUACACCUAAAUACGAAAUUGGGAAGAAAAUAAAAGAAUCUCUCUUAGGAGAAUGUAACAAACGUUUUGGAAUGGCAAAACAAGUUCAUUUACUAUCAGUUUGCACGCUUCUUGAUCCUCGCUUUAAGAAGAUGUAUUUUACUUCUAAAUUAGAUUGUGCAAAAGCAGUUCAAAAUAUACAAGAGGAACUGCAACUGAAAAUGGACGUCUCUCAACAAAGCUUUUCUACCGUCAAUGAACAAAAAGAAAAAGAACCAGCUAUACCCGAAGUAUUUGAUUUAUGGGAAGAUCAUUCAAGAUUAAUCUCUGAAAACACAAAAGAAAUAUCAACAUCUGCCCCUUCAUCUGAGUUAUCUCUUUAUUUAAAAAGCUCAAUUAAAUGGUGGGAACAAAAUAAAGCUACGUACCCGAAUUUGGCAAUUAUAGCACAUAAAUAUUUAGCAGUUGUAGCCACAUCCGUACCGUCUGAACGACUCUUUUCUAAAGCUGGCCAAACAGUAACCCAGCAACGAAACAGAAUAAAAGGAAAGCUGCUAUCAAAACUGUUAUUUUUACAAGAUAUUGAUAAGCAUUAUUGA